UAUAUAUAUAUAUAUAUAUAUAUAUAUAUAUAUAUAUAUAAAUUCAGUAGUAUCAGUUUCAUCAUAAAUUAAAAUAACAGAGUGUAAUCAGACAUGGGCAGUAUUUCAAUUAAAUGUAUUUUAGAUACGUAUUUAAUUACUUUAGCGUAUUUUGUAAUUUGUAUUUUGCAGGUGUGGAAAAAAUAAAAUGUAGUUUGUAACAAAAUAUUUUGAGGGAGUGUAUUUAGAGUAUUUCAAAUACUUAAAUACUUAAGAAAAAUCACCAUAGUAAAAGAUUUUGCCAUAUUUUCGGUCUGAUGUUGUUGGCAAAGGCAAUGUCCAGGUUAGAUGCACGAAAAUCACGUGACACCCUGUAGACCGGGCUCCCUCCAAGAAGUGAAUGAGUUUUGAACACUGGAGAAGAAGUGGCACUGCUCCUCUUAAAAGCGGCAUUAAGGUAAAGUGUUUUGUGAAAAAUAUACAGUCUACACACACACACACACAUAUUGCACACUGAACGGCAUUAUAGAGAAAAUAAUUGUGCCUUAUGAGAUCAAUGCACUGUUGUCAUUCAUAAAAGGACAUCAUAGGCCCUACCUAUAUGAAACAGCGCGUCUGUCGUAACUCCACUGAAAUCUCCAUGCUAAGCAAGCGUUCACAAUAUAACAUCCAUCUGCAGUUUUUACACGUUUUUAAACUUAUUACAUAUGAGAAAUAUUGUAUAAAUAUUAAAUAUAAAUAUAAAAUAAUCAUCAAUCUUAUUGUUUUUCAGUAAUUGCGCACGCAGCGCGAUUCUACUAUGGAAAAGGCAUACGCGGUCAGGGCAGUUAGAGUCUCGUGUGUAAAACAAACCCACACAUAUUAUGAUUAAUCUGAUUAAUCAUAUAUAUUAUAAUUAAAAUUUAAUUUUGAUUUUGUUACAAAAAUUCUCGGUCUGUUAUUUUUUUUCCCCUGGGGUACUAGCCUAUCCCCAACAUUUUCUGCAGUAACGUUAGUUCUCCACUGAUCUGAGCUAAUGAGCUGAAUACCUAGUGAGGUAGGGGUCUCGGGAGAAUAAUAUAUAUAUACCACUCUCAAAAUCUAUUUUAAAGGUCAGGCUAUAGGCCUACUGUAGUAGGCAUAAAGGCAUUAAUUUAAAGUACAUUCAGUAAAGCAAUAUGGUGUGCAUUUUCCUGUAUUAAUUAUGAAGAAGUAAUUGAUUUAAAGUGAAUAGAUUUCAUUCUGGCUAAAUGUUUUAUUAAUAGAGCUUAUUCUUUGGUGUGUAGUAAUUUGAGUUAUGGCUGUAAAUUGCAACUGAUAAUCUAACAAUAAUAUUUUUUACCAUUUAGUUUGAAAUGCAAGACAUCCGAGAUGAGUGAAGAUCACAACCCAUCAGAACUGUGCCAGGAUGAUACAGCAACAGAUGAAGGUACCACAGGGAUAAAGUGUGCCAUAUUGGAUGGGACAUUCUUCAAAAUAGUAUCUCAAAUUCCAAGUGGAAAGAUAGAAGCUGAGUGUCAGCUGUGCACAACCAAAAAAGCAAUCAUAUGUGGCUCGCAUCAAGCAACAUCAAACUUUAAGACACAUUUGAGAUGAAAGCAUCCUGAGAAAUUAAGGGAAUUUGACGAUUACAAAAAGGAAUGUACCAGUGGACAACAAAAGAGAGCCAAAACAUCGUUGACACAGACUACUCUGUUUGGUCACGUUGGCCUAUCAGUACCACAAAGUAAAAUUGACUCCCUUGUGACAUCCUUUAUUGUCAAAGUUAUGUGCCCAUUAGCCACAGUUGAACAGAAAGAAUUUACAGACUUAGUGCAGGGACUUUGCCCAGGUGCUGGUGUCAUGUCCAGAAGAACUCUCCGAAGACGAAUUGAUGAUGAAUUUACUGCAAAGACAACAAACCUGAAGGAGACACUUAAAAACUUAAAGCAUGUUUGUACAACUGCUGAUAUCUGGUCAACAAAAAGACCAGUUAUAUGGGUGUAACUGUACACUGGAUACAUAGAGAUACACUUAAAAGAGAAUCAGCUGCUCUUGCGUGCAGACGCUUUCCCAGCCCUCAUACAUACAGCCGUAUAGCAGAGCUUUUGGAGGAAAUUCACACAGAGUAUGGACUGACUACAGAAAUGAUUGUGGCUACAGUUACUGAUAAUGCCUCCAACUUCGUGAAGGCGUUUGAAGAGUUCAAUAUCUGUGUAGUAUCGGAUGGACAAGAUGAAAUUGAAGAGCAGGAACGUGAUCUGUCCUACGUCAUCAUAGAUCCCGAAGAAGAAGAAACAUCAGGGUGUUCUAUCAUUUUACCACCUCACAUCAGGUGUGCCACACACACACUGAGUUUGGUGUCAACAACUGAUGCUAAGAAAUCAAUCAAAGAGAAUCCAACUCUCUCUAGACUUAAUCACUCAACCAUGGCAAAGUGCUCAGCCCUAUGGACUGCAUCUGGCAGACCAAAGAGUGCUGAGAUGCUAAGCCAACUGAUUGACCAGCAACUCAAGACACCCUGCAUUUGCAGGUGGAAUUCUCUGUAUGACUGCUUGAGUCAGUUGGCAUGUCUUCAUGAGAAGCUUCCUGAGAUCAUGACUGCCUUGCAACUUCCAUUAUUCAGAGAAGUGGAACUUGACUUCAUUGAGGAAUAUUGCAGAGUGUUGAAGCCUAUUGCCAUUUCGAUAGAUCGCCUUCAAGGGCAAAAUGCAUGUUUCUAUGGUGAGCUUUUACCGACUCUCUUUGCUGUCCAAGCUAAAUUGCAAGACCUGCAAGCUUCAAACCUGCGGUACUGCUCACACAUUUUGCAAGCUACCUUAGCUGGCUUUGAGAGGAGGUUCAGCAACUUCCUGCAGCUGAAGACGGAUGUAAACGAAGCCAUCCUUGCUACAGUAACACAUCCAUUUUUCAAGAUGAGGUGGUUGCCUUUGAGACUAACAUGUGAGAAGAAGAGGAUACAUCAAUUCAUUCUGCACGCAGCUGAAGAGCUUGGUCUUCUGUCAGAGUGUGAUGCUGCAGCAACAAGCUCAAGCACCACUGAGGAGAAUGAAGAUGAAUUCUUUGUCUUUUCUGAUCAAGGAAUCGACAACCAGAUGGACAGAGAGGACUUACCAAGCCACAGCAAAGCAGAGUUAGAGACCCUUCACUUCCUGGAGGACCCCAGAAAGGACCUGGCUUCACUGGACUCGUAUCCACUAAUCAAGCUGCUCUUUGUGAGAUUCAACACCACUCUGCCAUCAUCAGCCCCAGUUGAGCGUCUCUUUUCUUUUGCAGGCAUGGUCUACCGCCCUCAUAGAAGGGGAUUAACUCCUGAAUUAUUGGAGAAGUUGGUUGUACUUAAAAACAACUAGCCUAAAUGACAAUGGUUUAGUUUUCUCUUUUGUAGCAUAGUUGUGUUAUUGCUACUAUUUCUGUUAUUGACCUUUCAGGCCCUGUAGAGAUUUAGUGAAAUGCCCAUACUUUUUUAUUUUGCUACUUCGCCAUUUUGAAUUUACACAUUUCUCAUAUUUGUGUUAUUGCUACUAUUUGUGUUAUUGAUCUUUCAGUAAUAAAACAAAGACUUAAGAUUAUUGUGGGAGUAUUUUGGUAUUUUCAAAAUACUAAUUACUUGUAUUUUAUUUAAAUACAUUUUUCACAUCAGUAUUUUGUAUUUUAUUUUGUUACAUUUCAUGAGCCAGUAUUUGUAUUUUGUAACAAAAUAGUUUUUGAUGUAUUUGUGCCCACCUCUGAGUGUAAUCAGUAUGUAUAGUAUAUUGGCCGCAUAAAGGCGCCAUGAAUGCAAAGUGUAAACAUUACAAAUGACACAUUAUCUACUGCACACAUAUUACUUCAAAUCAUAAUCUAGUGGUUAAACAGCUUCUUUUACUGAUCUCAUUUUAGUUCUACUCAUAUAAUGAGGAAUGAAGUCAUUCAUAACACAUUUUAAUGUCACAUUAGUUAAGGUUUUACAUGUGGUCUUGUGCAUCCACAAUUUGAAAAGCUCCUCUAAAUGCCUCCACCUGUGUUGCGGCCUGUGUCCGAAUGUUUGCAAACAGUAUACCGUUGCUCAGAUGUUUAAAAAUGUUUGGCUCUGAGCAAAGAACGAAGAAGAACUACGCUGAAUAUGCCAGGACCUUUACAUGUCAGUCAGACAGUCUCUUCUGGUCUAGUGGGUUUUUCUUGGCUAGAAUAAGUUGCAAAAGUGACGAUAGUCAAAAGUCUG